AGUGUGGUAGCUGAGAUUCAUAGCAUGUGUGAAAGAGUGUGUCAUAAGCGACCAUCAAUCUACAAAGUUCCCGAACAUCUCCGAAAACUCAAUGAAAAUGCAUACACACCUUGGCAUGUCUCAGUUGGCCCUUAUCACCACAAAAGUCACAAGUAUAAGGUUAUGGAGGAGCAAAAGUUGGUGUACAUGAAGGCUUUAAUUCUUCGUCGUCGUAGUAGAGCAUCAAACAACAAUGCAGGGGAAGUAAAGGAGGAGGAGAUUGAUGAAUAUUUCAAGGAGGUAGAGAAACUCGAAUCGAAGGCGCGCGCAAACUAUGCUGAAACAAUAGAACUUAACAAAGAUGAUUUUGUUAAAAUGUUGCUCAUUGAUGGGUGCUUCGUAGUCGAAUUUCUAUGCAGAAAAAUAAGAAAGUUAGCCAAAUUCGAAGAUGAAGCCAUGAUAAAAUUUGAUGAAAUGUAUAAGUUCAUCAAUAACACCUACAAAGAAAUGAACCCGAAAUAUGACUUCAUACUUAAGAGUACUAGAACAGCAUUUGAAGUUAGAAGAGACCUCACAUUGUUAGAGAAUCAACUUCCUUAUUUUGUGCUAGAAACAUUGUUCAACUUCACAUUUUCGUGUAAAGCGAACAAGCCAAACUUCAAGGCAAUAGUGUAUUGCACAUUAAGAACUUCGAUUCCUAACAUUUCACAUAUCCUAAAUGAAGAUGAUAUUGCACAAAGAAUCGAAUUAGAGCCUGAGACAACCGCGCAUUUUGUUAGUUUCCUAAAGAGUUGUUGCGGCCCUGCUAAGGAAGCAGAGGAAGGAACUUUCACACCAGAGGAACAAUCAGUUCGAAAUCGAAGCGUUAUUAUUAGUAUUGAUCAUCAACAUGAAAAGAUCAAAGAAUUCCCAUGUCUAUGCAACAUGAAAACACAUGAACUUCGUGUUCCUAGUGCUAGUAGACUCGCGAAAUCAGGGAUCGUGUUUGAAACAAUGGAGGGUGAAACUCCAUUGCUUCAGAUAAAUUUUGAUAGUAAAAAAGGGGUGCUAAAGAUGCCAGUAUUAAUAUUAUGGCAUCACACUGAAACAUUUUUCAGGAAUAUCAUGGCAUAUGAGUUAUAUAAUCAUACGGCUAAUUACAGCCAAAAUAUAUCUGUUAGUGAUUAUAUGUGCUUUAUGGAUGACUUGAUCAACUCCAAAGAAGAUGUUGCUGUACUUGUGAAGAGUGGGAUCAUUCAGAAUUGGUUAGAAUCAGAUGAAGUCGCAACAGAUCUAUUUAAUUCUAUUACAAAGCACAUUUUGGCUGAUUAUUCAUCUUAUUCUAGUACUUGUAAGCAGAUGAAUGAAUUUCGGAAGAAGUAUAAUAUACGUCAGUUAAAAGCCGCCCUUCAACAAGAUUAUUUCAACCAGCCAUGGGCGAUUGUAUAUUUCAUCACUGGAGUUAUCAUACAAACGGCCGCAUCCAUUAUUCAAGCUGUCACAAGUAUCUAG